AUGGGCGGGACGAGCCCACCGCAAGAUGUGCUCCUUAAAGCAGUCAGUGAGGUAUCGCGCAUGGCGGGGCGGCAGGCACGCACGACCAACAUGGUCAUGGGCGGCACAGCAUCAGAGUACGGCGACGACUGGCUCGAGCUCGACAAAAAGGUGAACACUUACCCCAGUCUGCGUGAUUUCACAGCCAUCGGGUCGGGAGGAGAGGACUUUGCCGUGGCCAUGGUGCAGGCUGUGCAGUCCGUUCUUCCGAAAGACGUUGCUGAGCUUCAAGUGGUAACCAGGGAGAGUGCCAAGGGUCGUUACAUCAGUGUAAAGAUUGGACCUGUUAGGAUGGACUCUAGUGAGCAGGUCCGUGCGGUGUAUCAGGCAAUGAAGCAGGAUCCUCGGAUGCGCGAUUUCGUCUUCAAAUGGAUGGCGGAGCGGCACGAGUCUAAGGUGGAGAGAAUUAUGUUGGCGCACAAGAUCGCAGCAACCAAGCACCGGAUGUUGGAAGAAAUGAAGCAGAACCAGGCACAGUAG